ACAGUUUAAUAUUUUCUCACAAAAUUGGGCAACCCAUGUGACCAAACCUGUCAAACUCUCUCUCUCUCUCUCCACACUUUCCAUGGUCUGUAAUCUGCCUCUAUUACAAGAGAUUCACUCCAUCCUCGCUACAGAUUACAGGCCACUGGCGCUCCCCAACCCUCUUCCCCCACUAUAAAACACCACACAUAACCCACCAAUCCUUCACCGCCCUCUCUCUCUGUGUUUGCAUCUACACGCACAGAAAGAUAUUCUCUCUUUAUCUGUGCAACAAUGGCUCAACCAUCAACUCCAGUAUCGCCGCCGUUGAAGGAUGAGCUAGACAUUGUGAUACCUACAAUAAGGAAUCUUGAUUUCUUGGAGAUGUGGAGGCCAUUUUUCCAGCCUUACCACUUGAUCAUAGUCCAGGAUGGAGAUCCCUCCAAGACCAUUCAAGUCCCCGAUGGCUUCGAUUACGAGCUCUACAACCGCAACGACAUCAAUCGGAUCUUGGGUCCCAAGGCCAGUUGCAUCUCUUUCAAGGACUCUGCUUGCCGUUGCUUUGGCUUCUUGGUGUCUAAGAAGAAGUACAUCUUCACCAUAGAUGACGACUGCUUUGUGGCCAAAGAUCCAAGUGGGAAGGAGAUCAAUGCGUUAGCACAGCACAUAAACAACCUCCUCACUCCAUCCACACCCUUCUUCUUCAACACCCUCUAUGAUCCCUUCAGGGACGGUGCUGACUUCGUCCGGGGCUACCCUUUUAGCCUGAGGGAAGGAGUGCCCACUGCCAUCUCUCAUGGCCUGUGGCUCAACAUUCCAGACUACGACGCCCCUACUCAGCUCGUCAAGCCUCGCGAGCGCAACUCCAGGUAUGUGGAUGCUGUAAUGACGAUACCCAAAGGCACCCUCUUCCCAAUGUGUGGGAUGAACCUUGGAUUCAACAGGGAACUGAUUGGCCCAGCCAUGUAUUUCGGGCUAAUGGGUGAUGGCCAACCUAUUGGCAGAUACGACGAUAUGUGGGCUGGCUGGUGUACCAAGGUGAUCUGUGACCAUCUGAGUCUCGGAGUGAAGACGGGGCUGCCAUACCUUUGGCACAGCAAGGCGAGCAAUCCAUUUGUGAAUCUGAAGAAGGAAUACAAAGGCAUAUACUGGCAAGAGGAGAUCAUACCAUUCUUUCAAUCACUUGCGCUCCCUAAAGAAUGCACUAGCGUGCAGAAAUGCUACAUUGAGCUCUCAAAGCUGGUGAAAGAGAAGCUCGGCCCUGUUGAUCCCUACUUCCAGAAACUUGGGGAUGCCAUGGUCACCUGGAUCGAAGCUUGGGAGGAGCACAACAACCCGCCUGCACAAGCAGCAUCCAAGCCCGAGCCUAAUGACAAGAAGGAUAAGCCUUCUGCAAAAUCCAAAUAAUAAACACCCCUACAGUGUUAUUGAGAGUUGAACUUCGGAUCGAAAUCUCCAGUGUUUUUUAGUGUCUUCGCUGUUUUUCAUGCCUAGGUAGUAUGGUUAAUGUAUUGAGCAAACACAAUUUCGAAUUAAAUUUGUCAUCCUACAACUUUAUUUCACCAACAUCAAAGAAAGACUCGGGCUAUAUAAUACUGGUAUUUUUCAAUGGUG